AUGGCGUCAGCGGCCCGCAGUGCCUGUACAGAUGUGUCCCAGAUGUGGAGCUGGGAGCGCAGCGUGCCGACCGAGCGGCAGAUGGAGCUGGUGCUCCGCGAUGUGGUGCCUGCGUGGCUUUUUGGCGUGGGGUGGAGGACGGAGGGAGCUGGCCAGGAAGCACCCGCUACCAGUGCUGGGCUAGUCCCCAGAGGUGCAGCUCAGUGGUGUUUCUGGUGUCUCUCCCAGGUAAUAGUCCAUGAUGUGAAUGAGCUGACGGAAAAACUGUUUCCAAUCGUUGAAGCCAUGCAGAAACACUUCAGUGCCGGAUCAGGAACGUACUACAGCGACUCGAUCUUCUUCUUGUCGGUUGCAAUGCAUCGCAUCAUGCCCAAAGAAAUAACACAGAUCAUCCAGGUAGACUUGGACCUGAAGUAUAAGACCAACAUCCGAGAUUUGUUUGAUGAGUUCGACAACUUCCCGGAGGGAGCAGUCAUUGGGAUUGCCAGGGAGAUGCAGCCAGUGUACAGGCACACGUUCUGGCAGUAUCGCCGCGAGAACCCUCAAACCAAAGUAGGGGAUCCCCCUCCUGAUGGGCUGCCCGGCUUCAACAGUGGUGUCCUGCUCCUGAACCUGGAAGCCAUGAGGCAAUCCAAGCUCUACAACCAGCUGCUGGAGCCCACCAUGGUGCAGAAGCUGACAGAGAAAUACCACUUCAAGGGCCACCUCGGGGACCAGGAUUUCUUCACCAUGGUGGGAAUGGAGCACCCAGAGCUCUUCCAUGUGCUUGACUGCACAUGGAACCGGCAGCUCUGCACGUGGUGGAGGGACCAUGGAUACAGCGACGUGUUUGACCAGUACUUCCAGUGUGAGGGUGAGGUCAAAAUUUACCAUGGGAACUGCAACACCCCAAUCCCUGAAGACUAGAGCAUCUGCCACCGCCAGGAGCAGCUCUGACUGCAACAAGCCCUGCAAAGCCAUAGUGGCUGUACCAGCAAUCCUUCAGGAAGGCUGGCCAGCCCGGUUCUGUUGCAUCCCAAGGGGAUCCCUAGGGAUCCCAAGAGCGUUCAGUAUCCCACUGCCUGUAGCCUCACCCCUCCAGGAGGAAGUGCAGUCCAGUAGUUGGAGCAGGACAUCCGCAGUCACUGUGCCCAGGGCUCAGCUCCUGGCUCUGCUUAGGCAAGUCCACAGUGCCUGUCUGUGCCACAGCCACUGGGGCGUGGGGACCGUCGAGGGGCCAUCAGGUCACUGCUGCUUUUGUUCAUGGCAGGGUGCUGCUCCCUGGUGCUGUGCAGCGUUGCUUUGUCUAGCGAUCAGCAGGGGUCCACAGCCAGGCAGCUGGGUUUCGCUUUGGCAUCCCUUGGUGGCCCAUUUCUGCACCUCAUGCAGACCAUCCGUCUGGUCAGACACCAUCCUCAGGUCAUCUUCCUUCUGAAGCAUUCCAGAAAAGCGAGAGGGUUUUAAAGACUGAAAAGCUGCUUUAAUUUGGGUUACUUAGAAAAAUUAAAUGCUAGAUGAGAUUUAAAACCUUCCAUUGGUUCUUCUUAGCAGUAAAAGCUUUACUGCCCUAUCUUGUCUUAAAAGUGUUCAGUGUACCAAUAGGUUCAUUUUUUUUAGCUUUGCCUUUAACCUUUUGUACAAGAAUAAAGCUGCAGAUGUAAAACACA